AGAGCAGCUGCCGCUCUUCUACUUGCAACUCCGCACCCGCACACACAUGUGUGUGUGCAUCCAAACUCCUAUCGAUAUUAUUAUUAUUCCAGUGUAUCACGCGCACCUCGCGCACUCAUACCGCUCCACUUUUCAUUCCCUUUUUUAAAGAAAGAAAGAAAAUGGAGGUCGUCGCGACUGCACACGGUGGACCGGAGGUGCUCGCCUGUCAGCCCGCCUCCUACACGCCUGAUCAGGUCGAAUUGAAAGACGACGAAGUGCUCGUGCGCAACGCCUACGCGGGCGUGAACUUCAUCGACACCUACUACCGCAGCGGCCUCUACACGAAGCCGACGAUGCCGUACGUCGUCGGGGAAGAAGGCGCCGGCGCGGUGUUGAAGGUCGGAGCAGGAGUGUCCACUGCGCUGCUGGGCAAACGCGUGGCUUACUACGGUGGCCUCGGCUCCUCCGGCAGCUACGCGUCCUUCUCCACUGUCCGCGGCUCCGCCGUGCGUGAGAUCCCGCCUGGCGUGUCGGACGAGGCCGCCGCGGCGGUGAUGUGCCAGGGCCUGACGGCGCACUACCUCAUCGACGCCAGCUACCCCUGCGCGCCGGGCAGCACCGUCGUCGUGCACGCGGCGGCCGGCGGGACCGGGCUGCUCGUGUGUCAGAUGGCGAAGCUGCGUGGCGCACGCGUGAUCGGGGUGUGCGGCGGCGCGGAGAAGGCGGCGCUGGCGCGCAGCGUUGGCCGGGCGGACGUUGUGAUCGACCAUGCGGCGACGCCGGACUGGGCGGCCGCGGUGCGUGCGGUGGCGCCUGCGCACGGCGUGGACGCGGUCUACGACGGCGUGGGCCGGUCCACCUUCGCCGGCAGCCUGUCGCUGCUGCGCAAGCGGGGCUACAUGAUCUCCUUCGGCAACGCCAGCGGCGCCGUGCCGCCGGUCGCGCCGCUGGAGCUGUCGCGCGCGGGCAGCGUGUACCUGCAGCGGCCCACGCUGGCGGACUUCAUGCUGACGGCGGAGGAGGCGGACCGGCGGGCGGCGGAGGUGUUUGGCUGGAUCGCGUCGAAGCAGCUGACGCUGACGAUCGGGCACGUGUACCCGCUGCGUGACGCGGCCCAGGCGCACAUCGACCUCGAGUCGCGCAAGACAACGGGCAAGCUGCUGAUCAAGUGCACGGACGAUGCGUAG